AUGGAGACUACUUUCAUGACCAUCCAUAACCUCACUCCCGAAGCCAACAUCAUGUUUGCUUCGGAGUCUAUCUCUGACAUCCUUGGGUAUGAACCUGAAGAUGUUGUGGGACAUCCCUGGUUCGAUUAUUUCUCCGAGAAAGAGGCCCCAUUUGUUCGCGGCCAGAUCAGUGCGGGUAUUCACUUGGAAAAGGCUGCGGUUAUUUACCAUGCUGCCAUUAAGAGAGAGGAUGGAUCUUUCAUCACGUGCGAAUGCGUGUUCACUGUUGUUCAUGAUGUUCUGGUUGCUUGUACCAGUGUCUAUAAUCAACCCGAGGGUGAGAAUCAAGACUACUUGGAUAGUAUUCGUGGAGCAAUCAAAAAAGAACAAUCCAAAAGCCUUGUCAAACGCUUCACUGCUCCUCCAAAGGAUUUGAGAUAUCACAUGUUGGAGAAUCUUUCCUUCAAGUUUCGUGUGCCGAACACGGACAGCUCUACACGUGAACCACGAGCAGCGCUCAUUCUCAAUCGUUUCACUCGAAGCUUGACAGUCAUGUAUUCCACUGAUGCCAUUGAAACCGUUCUUGGUAUCAGCAAGGACUACAUUGUCGGGAAAAGCUUUUACGAGUGCAUUCAACAACAAUGCUUGACCGAAUCCAUUGCCGCCAUCGAGAGUGCCAAAGGAAAUGAUUCCAUCGCUCAUCUCAUCUUUUGGUGUCGUGAUCCUCGUCAUCCUCAUGAGAUUGAGGAACUCAACCAAGCUCUGGAUGAUGUCAGUGAUAUCAGUGGAAGUGAGGAUGAGAGUGAGGGUGGUACAGUUGGUAGAAACAACAGCUCAUCAUCUCCAUCCACCAUGAGAUCUUCAUCUCAACCAACCCGAGGAGGAGUUAUCAGAAGAAACAAUCGCAUUCGAUCUGCUGACAAUCCACCAACUCGUGAGGUUUUACCUGCAUUUCAAUCCAUCCAAUUGGAAGCCGUCAUUUCUUGUACUUCUGAUGGAUUGGUCGUCAUUUUGCGCAAAGCUCCUGCGGCAUCACCAGUUGAGCAUCACGCCAUCGCACCAUGGGGUGUGAAUCCCAUUGCUCCACAUGUUCUUGAACCCGAUCAAAACGAUCGCUUCGUCCAUGGUCCCGACGCCUCCCCCAUCCAACCCGGUGCUUCCAAGGAAGAAUCUCUCAAAUCCAUUCGAGAAGUGGCCGUCUUCGCUUGGGCUUUGUGCGGUAUCAAUGGAAACAUUGGGGCCUAUGGCCAUGGGAAACCAGGACCCAAAUCUCAACCACCGGCUCUUCCCGUUUGGUAUCCUUUUGGUCCGACGGAAAUGGAACCACCGGUUAAUCAGGCCGAGGUGGAUUGGGCGAGAAGACUGGGGAAGAGAAAGGAAACGGGUCAUUCACUCGGUCAUGUUUUUAGAGAGGAGAGAAAUGAGAGAAGAGAGAAGAGAAGAAAGACUGGUGGUGUUGGUGGUGGUGGGAUGGGGGAAAUGGAUGGAUAUGCUCCACGUGCUUAUCAAUCUACCAAUAAUGGGAAUGGAAACGGGAAUGGAAAUGGAAAUGGGAGUUAUGGAAAUGGCCACAAUGGAAAUGGCCACAACGGUAACGGUAACGGCAACGGCACUCACAAUUAG